AUGAAAGUGUCUUCUGCCUUCGCUGAAAUCGUCUCUGAAUUCUCUGGAUUCCAACAACUUCAUGCUUCUAAAUCCAUCACAUCUUUGUCUACAAUUCCGUCAAGAAAGUCUUCAACAUCAUCUGAAUCCAUGCCACGUCACUCUCUGAACAUCACCGUCGGAGCUGCUCAACUGACCAGAAACAACAGUUCCAGCAGCCUCAACUCCACUGUUUCCUAUCUUGUCGUUGAAUAA